GGUGGUCACGGCCACGGUCACCGAGUAAUGUGACCGGACAGUCAGUACAUGGAACAGGAAGAUGACUGGGACAGAGACCUGCUGCUUGACCCGGCCUGGGAGAAACAGAGGAAGACCUUUACUGCUUGGUGUAACUCACACUUGAAGAAAGCUGGCACACAGAUAGAAAACAUUGAUGAAGAUUUCAGGGAUGGGCUGAAGCUCAGGUUGCUGUUGGAAGUGAUUUCAGGGGAGCGUUUGCCGAAGCCGGAGCAAGGGAAAAUGCGGGUACACAAAAUCAACAACGUGAACAAAGCUUUGGAUUUCAUCGCUAGUAAAGGGGUGAAGCUGGUGUUUAUUGGUGCAGAAGAAAUUGUGGAUGGUAAUGCGAAGAUGACACUGGGCAUGAUAUGGACCAUUAUCCUUCGGUUUGCUAUUCAAGAUAUAUCUGUGGAAGAGACUUAUGCUAAAGAGGAACUAUUGCUGUGGUGCCAGAGGAAAACCGCCCCAUACAAGAACGUCAAUGUGCAAAACUUCCACAUCAGCUGGAAGGAUGGUCUGGCAUUCAAUGCAUUGAUCCACAGACACCGACCUGAACUCAUUGAGUAUGAUACUAUUACCAAUUUGAACAAUGCCUUUGAAGUGGCUGAGAAAUAUUUGGACAUUCCCAAGAUGUUGGAUGCUGAAGACAUUGUCAACACAGCUCGCCCUGAUGAGAAGGCAAUCAUGACAUACAUAUCCUCUUUCUACCACGCCUUCUCUGGAGCUCAGAAGGCUGAGACAGCAGCAAACAGGAUCUGCAAAGUGCUGGCUGUGAAUCAGGAAAAUGAGCAUCUGAUGGAGGAUUAUUAGAAGCUGGCCAGUGAUUUUUUAGAGUGGAUCCGUCGCACCAUCCCCUGGUUGGAGGACCGUGAUCCUGAGAAAACAAUGCCUGAUAUGCAACAGAAGCUGGAGGCUUUCCGGUAUUACCGCUGUGUUCACAAACCCCCCAAAGUGCAGGAGAAAUGUCAGCUUGAGAUAAACUUCAACACCCUACAGACAAAACUAAGGCUCAGCAACUGUCCAGCAUUCAUGCCAUCAGAGGGCAAAAUGGUGUCGGAUAUAAAUAAUGGAUGGCAGCAUCUAGAGCAGUCUGAGGAGGGUUACGAAGAGUGGCUUCUAAACGAGAUCCGUCAGCUUGAGAGGUUGGACCAUCUGGCUGAAAAGUUCAGACAGAAAGCAUCCAUUCAUGAGGCCUGGAAAGAAGGCAAGGAGGCCAUGCUAAAGCAGAAGGACUAUGAAAGUGCCACCCUCACUGAUAUUAAAGCCCUGAUCCAAAAACAUGAAGCCUUUGAAAGUGACUUAGCAGCUCAUCAAGAUUGUGUUGAGCAGAUAGCUGCCAUUGCACAGGAGCUAAAUGAGUUAGAUUAUUACGACUCCCACAGUGUUAAUGUGCGUUGCCAAAAGAUAUGCGACCAGUGGGAUGUUCUGGGGUCCCUGACACACAGCAGAAGGGAAGCUUUGGAGCAAAUGGAAAAACAGCUGGAAGCCAUCGACCAGUUGUACCUGGAAGGGGCGGCACCGUUCAACAACUGGAUGGAGGGUGCCAUGGAGGACUUGCAGGAUAUGUUUAUUGUGCACACCAAUGAGGAGAUAGAGGGGCUGAUUACAGCACAUGAGCAAUUUAAAUCGACCCUGCCAGAUGCUGAUUGUGAAAGAGAAGCCAUCUUAGAUAUCCAGAACCAGGCCCAGAAAAUUGCAGAUUACAACCACAUCAAGCUUACUGGUGGUAAUCCUUACACCACAGUCACACCACAGACCAUCAACUCCAAGUGGGAAAAGGUCCAACAACUGGUUCCUAAACGAGACGGGGCUUUGAAAGGCGAGCAUGAUAAACAACAGUCUAACGAGCGAUUGCGUCUGCAGCUUGCUAACCAGGCCAAUGUGGUUGGACCUUGGAUCCAAGUCAAAAUGGAGGAAGUGGGCAGGAUUGCUAUUGAGAUGCACGGUACCCUAGAGGACCAGAUGACUCACCUAAAGCAAUAUGAGCAGAGCAUCAUUAACUACAAACCCAACAUUGACAAGCUAGAGCAGCAGCACCAGCUCAUCCAAGAAGCACUCAUUUUUGACAAGAAGCACACCAACUACACCAUGGAGCACAUGCGCGUGGGGUGGGAGCACCUUCUUACCACCAUUGCUCGCACGAUUAAUGAAGUGGAGAACCAAAUCCUCACCCGUGAUGCCAAAGGCAUCAGUCAGGAGCAAAUGCAUGAGUACCGGGUCUCCUUCAACCACUUCGACAAGGACCAUACAGGUGCUCUGGGACCUGAGGAGUUCAAAGCCUGUCUCAUCAGUCUGGGAUAUGAUGUCGAAAAUGACAGACAGGGUCAAGCUGAGUUUAGUCGCAUUAUGAGCAUUGUUGACCCCAACAACUCUGGAAUGGUAACAUUCCAAGCAUUUAUAGACUUUAUGUCCCGAGAGACUACAGACACAGACACAGCAGACCAAGUCAUCGCCUCCUUCAAGGUCCUGGCUGGUGACAAAAAUUACAUUACUGCAGCAGAGCUGCACAGGGAGUUGCCUCCAGACCAGGCUGAGUAUUGCAUCGCUCACAUGGCCCCCUACCAAGGCCCAGACGCUGCACCGGGAGCUUUGGAUUACAUGUCCUUCUCUACUGCAUUGUAUGGCGAGAGCGACCUGUGAGGCAGUGAUGGUGAAUGAAUUGGGGAUCCCCCACCUGACACUGCCCUACCAACCCCACCAGCUAUGGAAGCCGUUUUGGUAGUAGUUGCUCUGGAGGGCCAAGAGGACUUUGGGCUUACUACCGUUCUUCCCGUUACUAGGAAAAAGAGCGGAACUCAUAACCUUUCAUUCCCUUUGCAGGGAGGGAGGGGGAUGCGGGUCAUAACCUGCAGGACCACUCCUCCCCCCUCUGCAAAGCUAUCUAUGCAAUGGCUGGGGGGGCAGGGGAUGCUUUACAUGCAGCUGGCACCUAUAAUCUGCUUAUCCCUUUCAUAUCUUGCGCCUUUCCUUCCCGCUCAUCCUUGUGCACCACCUCUCCUUUAUUAGGAUUUAUUUAUUCCUGGUCGAACAGUUCCCACUGAGUUGCCUGAGCGAUUUGGGGCCUUGUAUACUAUCAGGCUUUUUUUCUUUUUUUAAAUCAUA